AUGCACUCGCUGCCGCCGAGCAGCUACGCGCCGACGUCCUACCUGCGCAGCUCAGGCGGGACGCUGACGAGCAACCGCGAAGCCACCGGGCAGCUGCCCUCCUACGCCGGCCCCGGCGGGCAGCUGGGGGGACACUACGGCCCGGGCCCGCAGUACGGGCCUGGCGGGGGGCUGCCGCGGCAGAACAGCGGCGGGCCGCAGCCGCAGCUGUCGCGGCAGCUCAGCGGCGGCGGCGCGUCGAGCGCUAGCUCCGGCGCAACCUACGCGUUCGGCGCGCGCCCCAGGCCGGCGCCGCAGCAGGCGCCGCCCCAGCAGUUCAUGAGCAGCUCCCCCUCCGUCGGCUUGCCGCCGCGGCCGCCCGCCUCCGACGCGCGUUCCACCGCCACCGGCUCGUCCGCCAAGGCGGCGCUCGCCGCCGCCGGCGGCGCGCGGCCGUCGCGGGCGCGGCUGGGGCCGCAGCUGCGGGCGAGCUGCCCCAUGGUGUGCCUCGCCCGCACGAACGGGGGCGUGCGGGACGCGAUGCCUCUUCAUAUCCGGGACCUCCAGUUCGACGCCCUGGUUUACGUGUCUCAGGCGUUCGUGCGGGUCCAGAUGAUCUGCAACUACCCCAACGUGCGAUCCGGGCCGAGAUCUGGGCCGAGAUCUGGGGGAUGA